AUGGAAUUUCGCGGCUGGAACGGACAGCCUUCCUAUCAUAGGAUUGAUGACGACGUGGAGCACUCUGCUUCCAAACAGAAACGGAAAGCUGGAUCGACUGGAAAUCGGUGGUUCGACUUGUCACGGUGGUUGAGAUCGGUGAGGGUUGUACUCACUGUGUUUGUGAUAUCAUUUCUCACGUUGCUUGGCCUGCUAUAUCUUGUGGAGGCUAUAGUGGGCAGGUCGAGAGUUCUGUGGAAAUACACGAUCUACCCAUACGACGUUGGUCCCGAUGAGCUCGCAAAACCAAGCACGAAUGGUCUGUCGGGUGUUGUACCCAUUCGCUGCCAUUCUCACAACGAUUACUGGCGUCGCGAGCCGCUCUAUGAUGCUCUUCGCACCGGCUGCACGGGAGUGGAAGCAGACGUCUGGCUGUUUGAUGGCGAGCUUUACGUCGGCCACGGCGUGACCUCUCUGAGAUUGAACCUGACGUUCCAAGGGAUGUAUGUCAAGCCACUCUUGGCCAUGCUUGACCAGAAAAACUCCAGCGGAUUGCUCGCAACGAACCCGGGAGCAAGUGCCAUCUACGACGCAGAUCCGUCGCAGACACUCGUCCUUCUCGUGGAUUUCAAAACCGAUGGCAUUGAAACCUUCGAAGCCGUGCGAGACCAGCUCCGUCCUCUGCGAGACGCCGGUCACUUGAGCUAUUGGGACGGCCAUGACAUCCAUCUGAGGGCGGUCACGGUGGUCGGCAGUGGCACCGCCCCGUUUUCUGUCAUGACACAGAACCAGACCUAUCGAGACAUCUUCUACGACGCGCCCUUGGCCGAGUUGUGGGAGGAUCCGGAGGAGGCGUUGGCGACAUCUGGUGAUGUGCAAGAGCUUGAUUCUGAAGGCGGCCAUGCAAAGGCCACCUCACGGUUGCAAGACAUGGAUGCGGAAGAUUACAGUGUCAGCAAUUCGUACUACGCGAGCACUUCGUUCCGGCAGUCGAUUGGAAUUGUCUGGUUCGGUCAUCUCUCCCAGUCACAAAUGAGGACCAUUCGCGGACAAAUACGUGAAGCCAAGCGACGAGGAUUGAAAGCACGAUACUGGGAAACUCCCGCGUGGCCGACCGCGCUUCGAAAUCAUGUAUGGGGUGUCCUCAUCGAGGAAGGAGCGGAUGUGUUGAGCGUGGAUGACCUGCAAGCCGCUGCAAGGCUGGACUGGACGACUCCGGUUCAUGAUGUGUGGUGGCGAUGA